GCGGGGUCCGGAUAUAGUGAACCAGGUAUAGUGAAUGCGGGGUCCGGGGAGACCCGAUAUAGUGAAUGCGGGGUUCGGGGAGACCAGAUAUAGUGAAUGCGGGGUUCGGGGAGACCAGAUAUAGUGAAUGCGGGGUCCGGGGAGACCGGGUAUAGUGAAUGCGGGGUCCGGGGAGACCGGGUAUAGUGAAUGCGGGGUCCGGGGAGACCGGGUAUAGUGAAUGCGGGGAGACCGGUAUAGUGAUGCAGGGUCCGGGGAGACCAGAUAUAGUGAAUGCAGGGUCCGGGGAGACCAGAUAUAGUGAAUGCGGGGUCCGGGGAGACCAGAUAUAGUGAAUGCAGGGUCCGGGGAGACCGGGUAUAGUGAAUGCAGGGUCCUGGG